UUGAUGCGGUGUUGAAGUCCUUGGUGACCAGCUUACAGUAGUCAGAGCCACGAGCGCCCAACUUUUGAUAUCCAGCGCACAUUCAGUUCGCUGACUUACUCAGAAUACAAAGUAGACGUUUUCUUCCAGUUUUAGUCUAAUUUUUCGAGUAAAACCAGGUCAGCUUAGACCUGUCGCGCAAUAUAUCCCCACCACCUUUCGUUGGGGUUUUUUUUUCCCCGCAGCCAAAUAGUCUGGUUGCUGAAGGAAUUAAAAAAGGAAAUUAAAUCAGACUUUUUUUCCUGGAUAUUUUUUCCGAACGUGGAGAUGUGGAAGAAGGUAUGAAGCGACUGCUAUGUGAGGACUAAAUGUGCAUCUAACAGAUAUGCAGUGAGGUGCCCUGGUUGCAGUCUGCUCGGUCAUCGAGCUUAGGGGGGAGAAUCUUUCUCUUUUUUAGGGGGAGAAGUCGUGUGGUGCACAAAGAGCUUAUUAAGCCGAGCAUACAAGUUUUUUUCUUAACCAUGCAGCCCGUGUGCUGACAGAGGGCUGAGCCUCGCGAGGAGUUGCAGCACCGCGGUUUGUUUCUGCCUUGUGUGUGUGUGUGUUGUUUUUUUUUCUAGACUUUCACCACAACACAAAGUUGGACAAGUUUUGAGCCUGCUUAUAAACGCUCACUGUCAACGGAGCCACGCACGGACAGGCGUUAGUCAAAGUGUGCUUUCUCUCUGCGGCACAGUGUUGAGGCUUUUACUGAAGUCCAAUUUAAAUGCGUACUGGUUUUCGGUCAGUGGGUGCACAGCCGAGCUGCCAGUCGAGUGGCUGCCAGCGCCACUUGGUUUUUAAUUCAAGUCGCUUCAUUUUUCACCUUCUGGUAACGACACCAUGGAGCUGAUAUACCAGAGCAUUGUCCUGCUGGGGUGCAUCUUCCUGGACUGGGCUCUUCUGUCGACUGCAGAUGAAGAGGUCCUGAUGAACACUAAGACAGAGACUUCAGAUCUCAAAUGGACCGUCUUCUCCCAUGCCAAGCCACAGUGGGAGGAAGUAAGCGGUUUAGAUGAGGAGAACAACAGCGUAAGGAUCAAUCAGAUUUGCCAAACGGACAGUUCGUCCAGCCACUGGCUGCGCAGUGGCUACAUCCAGCGACGGGGAGCGUCUCAGGUGUACGUGGAACUGCGAUUCACCAUGAUGGAGUGCUCUUCCAGGAGCACACACCACCGUAGCUGUAAGGAGACCUUCAACCUCUACUACUACGAGGCAGACUCCAACGAAGCCACUGCUACGAACCCACCCUGGAUGGAGAACCCCUACAUCAAGGUGGACACAGUGGCUGCAGACUUUCUACUAAGGAAGGACGGGGAGAAGAAAUUGAACGUGAAGACCUUGAGACUCGGCCCUCUUAAUAAGAGAGGCUUUUACUUGGCCUUUCAGGCUCAGGGUGCCUGCAUGGCUCUGCUGUCUGUCAGGGUCUUCUUCAAGAAGUGUCCUCCCCUGGUCAGUGCUCUUUCCUCUUUCCCUGAGACUAUACCGCGUACUCUUGUGCAAGAGGCACAGGGUGUGUGUGUGGAGCACGCAGCUCAGCAAGGUCCCCGUCCUCGGCCACCUAAGCUCUUCUGCGGGGAGGAUGGCCAGUGGGUGGGCCAGCCAACAACCUCAUGUGCAUGCGUACCAGGAUUUGAACCAGCUGAGGGGUACACGAGAUGCACAGCUUGUCCUGUGGGCCAGUUUAAGUCAGGCAUAGAGGGACAGUGCAGAGGCUGCCCAGGAUUCAGCCAAGCCACCAACAGGGGGGCGUCAAUGUGUGAAUGUCGCCCUGGGUACCUACGUGCCGAAUCAGACACUCCUGACACACCGUGCACUAGAACUCCCUCGGCCCCUCGCGGCAUAAUCCGUAAGGUCAACUUCACCACAGUCACUCUGGAUUGGAAUGAGCCGCUGGACAGCGGCGGCAGAAACGACCUGAGCUACGCCGUCAGGUGCUCUCUGUGCAGGCCACCAAAGGAAGGGUGCCUCCCCUGCGGAGACGGCGUCAGUUACCGGCCUGCGAAAGACGGCCUGUUGGGUCACAGGGUAGAGGUGUGGGGCCUGCUGCCACACACAACGUAUACGUUCACUAUUCAGGCACUUAACGGGGUGUCUCAGCUCAGCGAGAAGGAGCCUGCCAGCGAAAGUGUCAACAUUACUACAAGCCAUGACGUGCCGCCACUGGUGUCUGUGAUUCGGAAGAGCGACUCCACAGAGAGCAGUCUGACUCUGCACUGGUCAGCCCCGACUCAGCCACACUACACCAUCCUGCAGUAUGAGCUGCGCUACUGUGAGAAGAAGGAGCAGCGUAGCGAGGAUCAGUGCCACUCCAUACAGAGUAACAGAAACCAGGCUGUACUGACAGACCUCCGCCGGGCUAGUCAGUAUGAAGUGCAGGUCCGGGCGCGUACCCAGGCCGGCUACGGCAGUUUCAGUCCACCAACCAUUUUCCGCACGCUGCCCGAUGGACGUGACUCUGGCUCCGAGUUCUUGGUACCUGGCAUCUUUAUCGCUGUCGGGAUGCUGCUGCUUGUCACUUUCGUCUUUGUGGCCGCCUACUGCAUACGCCGGCACAGCCGAAUAAAAGAUCCGGAGCUGAGUGACAAAAACAGCCAGUACCUCAUUGGCCAAGGGGUCAAGGUUUAUAUCGACCCUUUCACCUACGAAGACCCUAAUGAGGCAGUGAGAGAAUUUGCCAAGGAAAUCGAUGUUUCCUUUGUCAAGAUUGAGGAGGUCAUUGGUGCUGGCGAGUUUGGGGAGGUGUGUCGAGGACGGCUGAAGAUACCAGGAAAAAAGGAAAACUACGUUGCAAUUAAAACUCUAAAGGGUGGCUACACCGACAAGCAGAGACGGGACUUCCUGUCUGAGGCAUCUAUCAUGGGACAGUUCCAACACCCCAACAUUAUCCAUCUGGAGGGAAUCAUUACAGCCAGCUGUCCAGUCAUGAUCCUGACAGAGUAUAUGGAGAACGGCGCUCUGGACUCUUUUCUACGGCUGAACGACAGCCAGUUCACACCCAUCCAGCUGGUUGGUAUGCUGCGUGGCAUUGCCUCUGGCAUGAAGUACCUGGCAGAGAUGAGCUACGUCCACCGAGACCUGGCUGCCCGCAACAUCCUGAUCAACAGCAACCUGGUGUGCAAGGUGUCUGACUUUGGCUUGUCACGCUUCCUUCAGGAGAACUCCUCUGACCCGACCUACACUAGCUCUCUGGGAGGUAAGAUCCCAAUCCGCUGGACAGCACCGGAGGCAAUAGCCUUCAGAAAGUUUACCUCAGCCUCAGAUGUGUGGAGCUACGGCAUCGUCAUGUGGGAGGUCAUGUCUUUUGGAGAAAGACCGUACUGGGACAUGAGCAACCAGGAUGUGAUCAAUGCCAUAGAGCAGGACUACCGCCUGCCCCCGCCGCCUGACUGCCCCACCCACCUGCACCAACUGAUGUUGGACUGCUGGCAGAAGGACCGGUCGGCGCGACCUCGCUUUGCGGAGCUCGUUAGCGCGUUGGACAAACUCAUCCGCAAUCCUGCGUCGUUGAAAAUAGUGGCUCAAGAAGGAGCAGGGCCGUCCUACCCCCUGCUGGACCAGCGCGCACCUUUAGCUCUCCCGCCGUGUGCUUCGGUGGGUGAUUGGCUUAGGGCCAUCAAGAUGGAGCGUUACGAAGACAGUUUCCUUCAGGCUGGCUUCAACUCAGUGGACCAGCUGGCCCAGAUCACCACACAGGAUCUGCUGCACAUGGGUGUGACUUUGGCUGGCCAUCAGAGGAAAAUCCUUUCCAGCAUCCAGACAAUGACCUUUCAAAACAAGAGCACUGCAACUGUGACCUUCUAGCUGACCUGCCUCUUAUUCUGGACAUGAUACCAGCACACAGGUGCUGCCAAGUACUGAGGGCACUCUGGAUCCUCUUUCUGUGAGCCACUUUGAACACGGACCCGUAAAUGGGAUUGGCGACUUUAUUCGUGACCAGAAAAAAUAGGGAGAAAAAACUAUGGUGUGAACUGUUGUGCAGAGAUUGGCAGGUCUCUGCCACACAGAGGGACCAGGUGAUGAAGCUGUGCGGACUGACUGCUUCUUUAUUUUUUUGUUCUUUUGUUUUUUGCAGUUUGUGGUCAGUGCUUUUACAUCCACCCAAGAUUUGGACUCAGUACAUGUGGUGAACAAAGAGGAACAGCAGACCAGAGUUUACACAGUUCUGUAUUGUCAUGUCAUUACAAAAAAACAAAACAAAACAAAAAAACAAAACUGGUUUGUUGUCCUAAAAUGUCACUUUGAUCUUUCACCAAAGGAGACAAAAAAGACGAGAAGAAAUGCCAAGAUUUUUAGUUUUCGUAUUGUUGUGUAAUUAUGAAUGGGAACCGCUCUCGAUGCCGACCACGUUACUUCAGAGACACCUUUCACAUCAAAACGUGAACAUUUUAAUGUGAGAUUUUACAUUUUGUUGUUCUUUCUCCCCCAUUUGAUUUCAAUAUUACCUCCUCUUUACUCAGGUGUGAUGUGUAAUGCAGACUUUGGAGAGCGCUGUACUUGCUCUAAUCAGACUCCUGAUCUUCCUCAAGUCUGGCUCUCACUUUGCCAGCUCAGCAACAUGUGAGAAGAAAGGCACAGAGACAUAUCAGCACUUUUGUCAUUUCAGAGUGAAUCGUAAUCUUCAGUAACUCCACGUGUUUCUCAUGGAGUGUGGUUGGUUAUUUCUAAUGCUGGUCUUUCUGCUGGCAGCUCAGUUUUAUUAUAGUCGAGCUGAACAAAGACCAAGUGGACUGAGAGACCAUGGAAAACUGUAGAAUUGGUUUUCUUUAUAGAUAAUAACCAAGGACGCAGUCCUGGCCUCAAACUUGUUUUUUCUUGAUUAUAACUGAUACAUUUUUAAUUAUCGUAUUCUGUAUUCUCCAUUUUCCAGUGCCAUUCAUUUGUCUUUGUGAACUAAAAUGCCAUUUUUAUAAAGCAGAAGCCUUUCACGAGUGAUUCAGUUCUGUCUCAUUUGAAUGCACCUUAAAGGGUAACUGAGUAAAAUGUGUCUGCUUUUGCUCUGAAGCGAUACAAAAAGAGGUUCCUAACAAAAAGCACGAAAAACAAUACAUGAACUUAAAUUUACACUCUAGCUUGUAGCCACUUUGGUUGGUUUCACCGGCAGUUUCGCUCUGCAAAACUAGUGAUUCUCAGAGCUGUUGUCUUAUUAGCAGGGCAGCACCUCUCACUUUGCCGGAUGUAAUGUCAGUAAAACAUUUCUGCACUUGCACUAAAAUGAUUCCCUAAAAUUUUGGAAGAGGAAACAAAGCACGGCUACAAACUGAGCCAGUCUGCUCAGCGCAGUGUUUUUGCAUUUCUCAGAAAACUGCCUCACAUACAAAUAUACAGUUAGCAGGCUCGCUGUAUCUGUUGCUUUCACUGUGCAAUAUUAUUGUUACUCAUGACCUGCUCACAACACUUACUGUUUGCAAACGCAGAAGACGUGUCCUUUGGGCAGAGUUGAACUUCCAGCAGAAAGUGCCUGUGCUCCAGGAGCGUAUCUUUGCAUACUUUGUCCAUAUGAAGGCAAACAAAUCUCUUGACACAUACAAGUUUGCACUUUUCAAUCUUAUCCGGGACCUGCCAGGAUUUGCUGACUGAUUGUUGUGCACUACCUACAGCUGGAAGCAAGGACAUAUGAUGGAACAAAGCCUGGACUCUAUGGAUACAUGGAUGCCUCCCCUGUCAGAUAUCCUCUGCCACUACGAUGUAGCAACAUUAACAAGUAGUCCAAAGGCUCUGCUCAGUUUGUCUUCAGUGGGUGUAAAAUAAAUGUCACAUCACUCAUAUAACAUCAAAUACUCCGUUCACUAAAUAUUUGUAGAAUAUCUGUUUACAAGCAGUUUAAGUUACUUCCAUGCUACUUUAGCUAACGCACUGAUGUCGCUGACAUAGUAUCUACAGCACUGAAGACUCGAUGGGUAAAGAUUCCUUAUCAGGCUAAACCCGGAAACGUUGGCUGAUAUCAUUUGGAGUGUAAUGCAGAAUGAUUUCAUGCAGUCCGGUCUGUCCAUUAUGCGGCUUGUAACCAUAAACGUCUGCAUUUUGCAUCAAAGGCGUGUCUUUACUGACAAUAUUCUGGCAUUAAAAAGCAUGAAAAGAC